AUGACUCAACCUAAUCUAUCUAUCUAUCUAUCUAUCUAUCUAUCUAUCUAUCUAUCUAUUAUUUAUAACCAUCACGCAUGGAGGAUAAAAUCAUCAUUACAUUUUGGUUCCAAAAAACGAAAAUUAUUUAUGACUCAACCUAAUCUAUCUAUCUAUCUAUCUAUCUAUCUAUCUAUCUAUCUAUUAUUUAUAACCAUCACGCAUGACAAGGACAAUCGUCCGAUUAAUGUAAAUAUUAUCUAUCUAUCUAUCUAUCUAUCUAUCUAUCUAUCUAUCUAUCUAUCUAUCUAUCUAUCUAUCUAUCUGUAUGCAGUCUGUUCAUUUACUAUCUAUCUAAGUCUGUUCAUAUCUAUCUAUCUAUCUAUCUAUCUAUCUAUCUAUCUAUCUAUCUAUCUAUCUAUCUAUCUAACUGUCUAUCUAUCUAUCUUGUCCUUUUCCUCACUAAAUCCUUCUCAUUCUCUCUAA